GGAGCCGCGGCUGCGGACUGCGCGCGGGAGGGGCGGGGCCUCGCGGGUCGACUUAAAGGGCCAGGGCCACCGCGCGGGUGUUGGCAGGAGCGCGAAAGGUGGGAGACCAGGAACGUCUGGAGAGACACCCGCGCGAGGGCAUUCUUAAGGUCAUGCCGACUGCGACUUAAUUUGCUUAUUUAUUCAUAAUAAGCCUUAUGCAAGUUAAUAUGUAAAAAGACAAUCUGAAGGACGAUCCCAAAACCUGAGCUUACAUCAGAUUUGUGGAGCCAGGACCUGAGAACUGGAACCCAACUAAGUUGCUCCUCAGGCUCUAACUCUACCCAUAUGUGACUCAUUCGUGUGGUCUUGCAGUGGCAACUUGGAGCAGGGAGACCGAGUCUUUAAAACUUUCCAUCUGACUGUUAAAGUUCUGUGCCUCAACUUUCCCUUCUGUAAAAUGGUGAUAUUGCUUGCUCUAAAAGAUAAAAUUAAAUCGAAUAUAACCGAUUUAAAGAAGAGCUUUUAAAAGGUAAAAGAUGCCAUGCAAACGCAAAACAGUGGUGUGAUUUAUCGUUAGACUCCGGAUCAAGCCUUAAAUGUCUCCAUCAAGCCUGUCAUUGUGAGCAAUUCAAUUUUCCUCUUCCUCCCCAUCUCUGUCUCCCCGAAGUAUCCACCAGAGGACGCAGCUCCCCCAAAACUUUCCACCCUGGGCUUGGCUGGAGAAACUCAGUCCACACUUCCCUGCUAGUCCAGACCCGCCGUUAAGCCACCCCAGCCCCAGACUAGGCCGUCCGUUGCCAUGGGGACGGAAAGCCAUGAUGUCACCAUUGACCGGGUGGGUGUGUUGGGAGUCCAUACCCUCAUAUCCCCAAGACUCCCUGCCGGGACGUUGAGAGAGGAGGGGUAAGACCGAACCAAAAAGACUCCCUCCUCCUUCCAUCUCGCGCCCCCUCCUGUUCAGGGAGUGGAUGGCUGCCCCCGCGCGUGUCCGCACUAGCACACCGGCGUGCACGCGUGGGCACACGGAAGGCCUGAGCCUCGCGCGUUUGCCGCUUUCACCCUACCCCUCAGAACUUCGCCGAAACUCUGCCCCGCGCCCCUCUCCAAGGAAGUCAAAACAGUCAAAUAAGCCCGGCUCGGCCCGCCCCAAACCUACAAGGGUUCCUCAGGCCACCCCCAUGCGCUGGAAUCCUGGUCCGGGCCCUCGGAUUCCCUGGGCCCCGCCCAGCUCCUCUGGGCCCCGCCCCUCCGGCUGCGCGGGCGGGAGGCGGGGCCGGGGGCGGGGCCGUCGGGCUGGGGGCGGGGCUGAGGGGGGGGCCGCGGCCCCGGGCGGGGGCUCGGCGCGGGCCCGCGAGAUGCCGGUGUCGGCGGCCGGAGCGGCUGCAGCUGCAGCGGCGGGGGAGGCGGCAGCGGGGCCCCGGAGGGGGGCUGCGCAGGGGGCCGGCGCGUAGCCGGGACUAUGGAGGGGCAGAGCGGCCGCUGCAAGAUCGUGGUGGUGGGGGACGCGGAGUGCGGCAAGACGGCGCUGCUGCAGGUGUUCGCCAAGGACGCCUACCCCGGGAGUUAUGUCCCCACCGUGUUUGAGAACUACACCGCGAGCUUUGAGAUCGACAAGCGCCGCAUUGAGCUCAACAUGUGGGACACUUCAGGUUCCUCUUAUUAUGAUAACGUCCGGCCUCUGGCCUAUCCUGAUUCAGAUGCUGUGCUCAUCUGCUUCGACAUUAGCCGACCAGAAACACUGGACAGUGUCCUCAAAAAGUGGCAAGGGGAGACUCAGGAGUUUUGCCCCAAUGCCAAGGUUGUGCUGGUUGGCUGUAAACUGGACAUGCGCACCGACCUGGCCACACUGAGGGAGCUGUCCAAGCAGAGGCUUAUCCCUGUUACACAUGAGCAGGGCACUGUGCUGGCCAAGCAGGUAGGGGCUGUGUCCUACGUGGAGUGCUCCUCCCGGUCCUCUGAGCGCAGCGUCAGGGAUGUCUUCCAUGUGGCCACAGUGGCCUCCCUUGGCCGUGGCCAUAGGCAGCUGCGUCGUACUGACUCACGCCGUGGACUGCAGAGAUCUGCUCAGCUGGCAGGCCGGCCGGACCGGGGGACUGGGACCGAGAGCGAGAUACACAAGGAUCGAGCCAAGAGCUGCAACCUCAUGUGAGGGGCCGGCGUGGGGCAGAGUGUAAGGAGGGGCAGUGAGGGCACAGCUGUUCCCUGCUGCACCUGACUUCCGGACCGCCUGACUCUGGUAGGGACCUCAGGGCAGGCUGAGGGAGCGCUUCUCCUGGGCAGGAGAGCUGAAGGCAGAAGGGUGCCACCAUUCCCCACGUCCUCAUCCCCCUCCUCCCCACAGCAAGUGGAGGAAGCCAGCAGGACAGGCAUCUGGGCUGGGAGCUGGGCUGGGGAGGGGGUUGGGGAAGCAAGCAUGGAGCAGUGACUUUGGUUGAGUCUUAGUCUAUGAAGGGUGCCUUCCCUCCCCACCCCCGGUAUCCAUAUCCUGGCCCUGGCUUCCUUCCCUAAGGAAAGUGUCCAUUCUGUGGCCUUCCCUUUUCCUCUCCUUUCCCUUCCACAGCUGUUCUCACUCAUCCUAACCUCCAGGCAACACGCACUAAAUUAAAAAGCAAGUUGAGAAGUCCCUCCCCCAUCUACCCACAGUCCUAGCUCCCUCAAUCCCUUCCCCCAGCUGUCCCCAAAUAAAGCCCAUGUCCAUGGAAAACGGCUGUGGCUUUAGUUUUGUUGCUUUCUAAAAACCCAAUCUACCAAUUUCUAGCAGCAGGAGGGGGGAAGUUAGACUUCAGGAAGAACUUUCUUGUCUGUGCCCACAGAGGAAAAAAAGCCAUGGGUCGGAUUAGCAGUGUCCUUUUAGGAGCCAGAGGUGGGGGAGUGAGGGAUCAGGGGAGUAUUCAUCUCAGUUAAUGAGCCAGACAAUCCUAAGGCCAUUUGGGGGUUUUAAAGUGGACUGAUGUGCAAUUCAUUCCUCAGCCCAGCUGGGGCCCCCUGCUCGAGUGGGAGGGGUCCUGCUGAAGUGGUCCAGGCCCCUUGUACACCACCUCCACCCCCAGCUUGGAAUCUGUUGGUGCUCUAGGAGUUGUGAGGGUAGGGAAAGUUUCAAAAACCUCCAUGUCACAGAAGCUGAUUCUUAUGUGCAGUGAAGUUACCCAAGGGGCAGUAGUUUGAUCCUGGGGUUUCCUUGGAGGUGGGGGCAGAGGCUCUCACCUCCUUUCCGUCUUGAGCUCCUGGAUGAUUUUGGAGGGGACAUCAGCUGUGAGUUAAGGUCACUGCCCACCCUCCCCCACCCCCAACGCCAACCCCAGAGAGGAGGAAAGCUGGUGGAGGGGCUGGCGGAGAUCCUGUUGUCACGAAAGACAGUGCUGGUCUGUUUUCUUGGGAGUCUGGUUUCACAUUGUCCUGCAUUCCCUCCCUGGCUCUGUUCCCACUGGCCUCUUUUCGGUGACAUUCUCCCCCAGGAACCAUCCCUGGCGGUCCCCUCCCCCAGCCCCAGCCAGUUCUUCCAGACACACACUCUGGGAUAGAACACAAACCUCACCCUCCCAUCUGCUGGGUUCCCCCCGAAUUCGCAGCCCAUCCCUCCCUCGUUCAUUCAGCGGAUAUGCACUGAGCACCAACUGUGUGCUAGGCACCGGCUUGGGAUUGUGAAAGGACCAGUCUCUGUGCUCUGGAGGCCAGCCCAACGGGGAAGAGAGGUACCCCAGGUGUGACAGUGCCUUGCCUGUGGGAGCUCCUUACAGCCUCAGGCACCCAAUCCUCUGAGCCAGGUCCUGAGGGCUGCAGGAGAGUUUGUUUGGCAGGCGUGGAAGGGGUAGGAAAGGCGCUCUGAGCAGAGGGUAUAGCAUGUGCAAACACGUGGCGAUGAGAAAGAGUGUGGCACGGUUGGGGCUGCCCUGACAAGGGGGGCAGAAGACAAGGCCUGGAAGGUACAUCAAGGCCACCGCAGGGCCCACAAAGGAACCAGGUCUUCAUUCUGAGGAUGUGAGAAGGCACCAGGGAUUUCAAGCAGAGAGGAAGUGACCAGAUUUGGUUUUUUGGAUAGAUGGGUAUCUGGAUGAGGUGUUGGGGACUAGGGGGAUUUGGCUCUGAGACGUGUCCUUUAAAACAGCUUCUCCUUCCCUAUGCCAGGGCCCAGUCUUGAGAGGAAAGGAAAUCCCAUCUACUGCUGGCUCAUCAGACAGCCCUUUCCCUCCCUCUCCUACAGGACCCUGUCCCGGUCCAUCUCAGCUAAUCUCAAGGAUUCUGGAACAGCUUCAAGGGUCUUGGGCACCCAAGCUGAGGUUAGGAGCUGACUCCAAGACCCUCCUCCAGGGUCCCGAGUCCUGGAUGGAAGCUGCUGGAGAGGGCUGGGGCCCAGCUAGGGGGCUCUGAGGACUGACCCCUCCCCCAAAGGGACCUGCCACACCAUCAACCUGGGAUUUGGGGCCAUGGCUUUUUUUCCCCCACUUUGGACUUUGAUACAAAACCUACUCAAGCCUAUAUAGCCACUGAAGUGCAGAGUGUCUGGGCCCCUCUCUUCUCCCAACUGCUCUCUCCUGCCUCGCUCAGGGAAUGCAGAUGCAUUUCAAUAUCCGCCUAAAGCAAACAAAAUUAGGAAAGUAAAUCAGCGGGGGAAACUCCCAAAGUUUAAUACAUUUCCAAUACCACCGGGAACAGGUUGUGGUCUCCUGUGCAGGUCUGGGUUGCCAGACUUUUGACUUCCUGGGGAGGGGCCUGUGCUGCUGGGCUGAGGAGCUCAAUGGGUGGGAGGAGGGAAUGGGGCUGUUUCUAGAUCCUCAAAGGCCCCUGCAGGCUGGAGGGAGAGGACUCUACCCCCUACCCCCACCCCAGAUGCCAGAGUCAGACCCAGUCAGACCCAGCUUCCUCCUCCGCAGCUGUUUCCCCCACAAAUUAGACACCCGUUUGGGAAACAAUGUAGCCUCGUUAAUCAUUUAAUGAAAUAAACAACUAAUCACGCUGUGAUGCUGCCAGUGUUU